UCAGGCUGCGGGCUCCCGAAAGCCGGCUGCAACAUGGCGGAUGUGCUGAGCGUUGGGGUGAACCUGGAGGCCUUUUCGCAGGCCAUCAGUGCCAUCCAGGCGCUACGCUCCAGCGUGAGUAGAGUGUUCGACUGCCUUAAGGAUGGCAUGCGCAACAAGGAGACACUGGAGGGCCGCGAGAAGGCCUUCAUCGCUCACUUCCAGGACAACCUGCACUCGGUUAACCGGGACCUCAAUGAACUGGAACGCCUGAGCAACUUGGUAGGCAAGCCGUCCGAGAACCACCCUCUUCACAACAGUGGCCUGUUAAGCCUGGAUCCCGUGCAGGACAAAACUCCACUCUACAGCCAACUUCUGCAAGCAUACAAAUGGUCCAACAAGCUGCAGUACCAUGCAGGUCUAGCAUCUGGCCUUUUGAACCAACAGUCCUUGAAGCGCUCUGCAAAUCAGAUGGGUGUGUCUGCCAAGCGGAGACCGAAGGCUCAGCCCACCACUCUGGUUCUCCCACCUCAAUACGUCGAUGAUGUCAUCAGCCGCAUUGACAGGAUGUUUCCAGAAAUGUCCAUCCACUUAUCAAGACCCAAUGGGACUUCAGCAAUGCUUCUGGUGACCUUGGGAAAAGUGUUGAAAGUGAUUGUCGUCAUGAGGAGCCUGUUCAUCGAUCGCACAAUUGUGAAGGGAUAUAAUGAAAACGUCCACACAGAGGACGGGAAGCUUGACAUAUGGUCCAAAUCCAACUAUCAAGUAUUCCAGAAGGUGACAGACCAUGCCACCACUGCCCUGCUCCACUAUCAGCUACCCCAGAUGCCAGAUGUUGUGGUCAGGUCCUUCAUGACCUGGUUGAGAAGCUACAUAAAGCUGUUCCAGGCCCCGUGCCAGCGCUGUGGGAAAUUUCUGCAAGAUGGCCUUCCCCCGACGUGGAGAGACUUCAGAACCCUGGAAGCUUUCCACGACACCUGCCGGCAGUGACCCCAGCCCAGCCACUGGCUAGCCUUCAGCACCAGCCCUUCCUGGACCAGUCCAGUCCACUUACCACACAGGUGUAUGUCGCUGUUCUCUUGGGCCCACCUGCCGGCAGAACUGUCACCCAGCAGCGGCGUACUGUGGGGGGGAUGGUCUGCCCUUCCCUGUUUGCUGGCAUCUCUGUGAGUUGGCCCCUCAGUCUUUUGUUUGUGAGCUGUUACUGGAAUGAGCGCCUGUAUUCUUGCACUGGUCAUGCUUGGUUGGUUUUUGUAACUUAUUUUUUUAAACAAUAAACCUUUUGUA